AUGCCACAGGACCCCAACCUCUACGGCCAGCGGCCCCCAAAGCGCCAGAAAAAGGAGAUCGCCCUCCCCAGCUCCCUCGCCUUCUCCUCCGAACUCUCCUCCCUCAUCGCAAACAAGUCCUCAUCCUCCUCUACCUCAGCGCGCCCACGACCGUCCAAGUCAAAACCAGAUAUCUUCGCCGGUGUGAAGGCGAAGCGCAAAGCAGAAAAGCAGGAGCGCGAACGCGACGAGGGGAAGCUGGUUCUGAAGGAUGCGGUUGGCACAGAGGACCAGAAGAAGGAGAAUGAGGCUGCCAGGCGUAGGAUGGAGGAGAAGGCGCGCCUGUACGCAGCCAUGAAGAGGGGCGACUAUGUCCCGAAGGAGGGCGAGGCAGCGCCCCUGGUCGACUUCGACAGGAAAUGGGCUGAGGCACAAGAGGACGGCAAAAACGAGUCUUCGUCCGAGGACGAUAAUGAUGACGACGGUGACGACAAUGUUGACCAAGAGGUCAUCGAGUACACAGACGAAUUCGGCCGCACGCGGCGGGGCACGAAGGCGGAGAUGGCGCGCAUGGAGCGGCAGCAGCGAGUGCGGGCGUACGCGGCGCAGGAGUCGGAGACGAUGAGCGCGCGGCCGAAGGCGCCCGAGAAGGUCAUCUACGGCGACGCGAUCCAGAGCGAGGCGUUCCACGCGGCGGACGAGGAGAAGAUGGAGGCGCUGGCGCGGAAGCGCGACCGCAGCAUGACGCCGCCCGAGAUGAAACACUACGAUGCCGACAGCGAGAUCCGCACUAAGGGCACCGGGUUCUUCCAGUUUAGUAAGGAUGAGGAGACGCGGCAGAAGGAGAUGGUGAGCCUCGAGGCGGAGCGGCUGAAUACUGAGAGGGAGAGGGCGAGGAAGGACGAGGAGAAGGAGAAGAGGAAGCGGGAAAUUGAGGAGCGGAGGAGGGUCAUUGAGCAGAGGAGGAAAGAGCUGGGUCAGAAGAAGGCUAGGAAAAUAGCAGAGAAUUUCCUGGACGGGCUGGCUGCUGAUAUGGGCGACGGCGAGGAGACCAAUGAAUGA